AUGCCAGACCAAGAAUUGGAAUGGAGUCUAGAGCUCGCUCCAUUAAAGGAUUGGUUGAGCAAGCAACCUCAUUUGCCCCACGACGUCGAGGAUGUGCUUCUUCGUCGCUUCUACCUGAGUUGUCACAAAAGGCUGGAGCGCGCUAAGCGCACCAUCGACCUAUUCUUCACGCUGCGUUCAGCAGCACCUGACCUAUUCUGCAAACGAGAUCCUUGGUCGCCCGAAAUAAGACGAGUGUUUGAGAUCACCGAUAUGCUACCCUUGCCCUACAAAACCAAGGAGAACUAUAAGGUGUUCAUUUACCGGCUGCGAGACCCCGAUUUGGAUACUUUCAACUUCACAGAUGUCGUAAAGACAUUCUUCAUGAUGAUAGACACCAGAAUAACAGAAGAAGACGACAUCCCUUCUGGAGAAAUACCUAUAUUCGACGCGGCCAAUGUCUCUCUUAAAUUCAUUGGAAAAGUUAAUCUCUCAGUACUGAGAAAGUACAUGAUGUACACACAGGAAGCAGUACCUGUUAGACUAAAGCAAGUCCAUGUUAUAAAUACUCCAUCUUACAUCGGAAAAAUAUUUGCCCUUUGCAAGCCUUUUUUGAAGAGCGAAGUUGCUAAAUUGAUAAAAUUCCACGAACCAAACACAGAGACACUCUUCAAUGAUAUAUCCAAGGAGAUAUUUCCUGAAGAAUAUGGCGGCUCCUCUGGGUCUAUCGACCAGAUCAAACGAUACUGGAUCAAGCGAAUGGAAGCUAAGAGAGACUGGUUCUUAGAGAAUGACAAGCGUUGGGUCGUGGAGGAAGCUUUAAGACCGAGCAAUUGUCGCGAUGAUAAGGCUGACAAGAUGAGAGAUGUACCGGGAUCAUUCAGGGCUCUAGCUCUGGACUAA